CUAAUUCCCUGAAAUUCCCCUUCACAAAAAUCCCUCUCUAUAAAUACCCUCUCUUCUUCUUCAAAUUCUUCAAAUUCUUCCCAAUCGCCGAUAAAUUCUUUUCCGACGGCCGGCCGGGGAGAAGAACCACUAAAUUCUGUUCCGCCGGAGGAGUCCCCCGCCCUGUUAUUGUUCAAUUGGGGAAAAUUAAGCUUCCAAUUUAGGGUAGGGUAGCGAACAAUGUCCGAUGCGUUUUGCUCCGACUGCAAGCGCCAGACGGAGGUUGUGUUCGACCACUCCGCCGGAGACACGGUCUGCUCCGAGUGCGGCCUUGUGCUCGAGUCGCACUCCAUCGAUGAGACCUCCGAGUGGAGGACUUUCGCCAACGAGUCCGGGGAUAACGACCCGGUUCGUGUUGGUGGCCCGACGAACCCGCUUCUCGCCGAUGGGGGGCUCUCCACGGUGAUUGCCAAGCCCAAUGGUACGUCUGGGGAGUUCUUGUCCUCGUCCUUGGGACGGUGGCAGAAUCGGGGGUCUAAUCCAGAUCGAGGGCUGAUUCUUGCUUUCAAGACCAUCGCUACUAUGUCUGAUAGGUUGGGCCUUGUUGCAACCAUUAAGGAUCGGGCGAAUGAGAUAUAUAAAAGAGUAGAAGAUCAAAAAUCUAGUAGAGGAAGAAAUCAAGAUGCUUUAUUGGCUGCUUGCUUAUACAUUGCUUGUCGACAAGAAGACAAACCCCGCACGGUCAAGGAAAUUUGCUCGGUUGCCAAUGGGGCAACAAAGAAGGAGAUUGGCAGAGCAAAAGAAUACAUUGUGAAACAAUUGGGGUUGGAGACAGGUCAGUCUGUGGAGAUGGGAACGAUACACGCUGGAGACUUUAUGAGGCGUUUUUGUUCUAAUCUUGGCAUGAACAAUCAAGCUGUUAAAGCUGCCCAAGAAGCUGUACAGAAGUCUGAAGAGUUUGAUAUUAGGAGAAGCCCAAUUUCCAUUGCAGCAGCAGUUAUUUACAUAAUUACUCAGCUUUCAGAUGAUAAGAAGCCUCUGAAAGACAUAUCGGUAGCUACCGGUGUCGCAGAAGGGACAAUCAGAAAUUCAUAUAAAGAUCUGUACCCUCACGUGUCGAAGAUAAUACCGGGUUGGUAUGCGAAAGAGGAGGAUCUUAAGAACCUCUGCAGUCCUUGAAAUGUAGAGCAGAACAACGACUACGAAAACGACAGGAACUCAGACCGAAAUUUUAAUUACUUUUUUUUGAGGCUCUUCUUGUAUUUAAACUCUUUGAGAUUGCAAAGAGUGGUAGAAAGAAAAGCUCCUCCCUCCCACCCCUCUCUGCUUCUCUGUUUUUUCCUGAAUAGAUUAUUGCCAUUAUCAAAUUCUAAAUGACCCCAAAAUUUGCCAUAAUUUCACCUCA